AGGAAUCCGUGUUUUCUUUAUUAGGGUGGAAAACAAUUUUUUUGUCAUUCAGAAUAUAUAAUAUAAUGUGGUUUGGGAGUGGUUUCCAUCUCGACAUUAUGGUGUGUUUUGGCGUCAUAAUUUUGACAGAUUGACCGCUGAUUGGACCGCGCUCCGUAAACAAACCACCAUCUAAGGAUAUUAUAUUUUGGAUACUAGUUAAAUUAUUUAUCGCGUUUAAAAGUGUAGUGCAUUUCAGUGUGGGUGCCUUUUUUAUUGAGGCCAUUUUCAAAAUGAAUUACGUACGUAAAUAUUGGUCCACAGCUGGGCACCUCAGCUAUGCCUUCCUCCCAGGUCAGUCCACCAAUCUUUGCUUGCACUCUCCCUGGGUUUCCAGACCCAGAGAGUGAAGCAAAGCCAGAAUCAACCACCAACAUAGAUAAAUAGCCAUUACUGUGUUAAAUAGGGCUAUGCUUAUGUAUGCCCAAUUUCAGACCGCCCGGUGCCCACCAUGACCGGGACUCAGACCCUGCCCAACCAGUCCCCGCUCCCUUCCCGUGUCAACUCGUCAAGUUUUCCUUCAGUUCUCAGUGUAUCCUGCUUCUUCCUGAAAUGCAUAAAUUGUAGUGAUAGGAGAAUAAAUGAGAUUAGAAGUGUGUGAGGUAGUGUAGCAGUAGUAUUAGUAGUAGAGGUACAGUGCAUUAGUAAUACACCUUUCAAAACCUGUCAGGGAACACUGGCUAAGGGCAAAAAAAAAAAAAAAAAAAAACUGGCCAAUGGCAACAAAAUAAAGAAAAAAAAAAAAUCCAUUGAAGUGCCGGACAAUUGAAAUAUAGUCAGAGCGUGACUCCAAGGAUGGCAUAGGUACCUUUUUAUUAAUUAAUACAUUUUUUUCCAUUUCAAAAUUUUGCACAAAGAACGUGUGUAUAGAUAAAUGUAUGUAGUUUUGUGUGAAAAAAGAUAGUCAUGUUUAGAGGGCAGGCUGUGUAUGGAGUAGGGUAAGCCAUAAGAGAAGAGGAGAGGGUGCCAAUUGACUAAAUGAGUGGCUCUUCUGUGUAUGGGGUGGGUGGGGACCCAUAGAAAGGCAGAUGGGUUGGAAAAUGAUUUAAUACUCUCUGUUCUACUGUGUAUGUAGUAGGGAGAGCCAUAGAAUGGAAGAUGUGGUGGCAAAUUAUUAAAUAUGAGUUGCUGUGUUGCAUAUGGGGAAGGAGGAGCCAUAUAAGGGGAUAUGAGGUGGAAAAUUAUUAAGUAUGAGUGGCUCUUCUAUAUAUGGGGUGGUGGGAGCCAUAGAAGGGCAGAUGAAGUGGAAAAUAGUUAAAUAUGGAAGUGUUGCUUUAAAUUCUGAUAAUGUAGUAAGAGUGUUUUUUAGAGGAUGUGAGAGGGAAAGAGGGGGUAGUUGGCUAUGAAAGAGGAAAACUGUGAGGGAAAUUAGCUAGAGAGAGAGUGAAGAGGCUAAAGGAAAAAAAAUAGCUAUUAAGGAAAAAAAUGCUAAUUAAAAAGCUAAAGAAAAAUAUAAUGUGAGGGAAAACAUUAGAAAAAAAUGCUGGAGAGGAUGAAAAAUGUAAUAAAAAUUGGUAUUACAGAAGAAGACAAUAAAAAAUAAGCUGAGGAAAAAAAAAAUAGGAAGACAAAUGAAAGUGUAACCCAUUGUAACCUAACCUUACCUUACCUGACCUGAGCAGACCAAAACAAACCAAACCUAACUAAACAAAACCUAACCCGACCUAACCUUAGUCCAACAUUGCAGGCAUCAGGGCAGAGUGUGGAGGAGGUGGAGAGGCAGUUGACGUUGGCACAGAGGGAGAGAGAGGCGGCACUCAGCUCACGGGAGGCACUGACCACAUUGCUGACUGCCAAGCUGGCCUCCCUCUACUCUGAAGGAUCCCAGGCUGUGCUCAAGUGUGUGUAUGUGUGUGUGUGUGUGUUUACCUAGUUGUACUGUAACAGGCAUUGAGCGGUGCUCAUAGUGUCCUUUCUUCAUAUCUCCAUUUAUCUAUAUUUUCCUUAAAGUUAUGCACAGUCUGUGUGUGUGUGUGUGUGUGUGUGUGUGUGUGUGUGUGUGUGUGUGUGUGUGUGUGUGUGUGUGUGUGUGUGUGUGUUCAUUCAGUCUAUAAAUUUUUCUGUGUCAUCUCUUUAAGUUAUGUUUCUUUGACUAAAUCAUUCCCUAUGUCCUUCACUUUGCCUCACUCACACUCACUAAAACAAGAGAGUGAGAGCAGCCUAUGUCCUCUUCUUCACUCGCACUCCUACUCUCUCUCCCUCUCCCUGAAGGCAUGAAGUGAAGAGAGUGUGAGGAGGUGCGGGGAUAGAGUGAAGCUAUCUAAACCAGCUGCAGGGCGGGCUCUCUGGCGUAGCAGCAACAGCAGGUGGAGAGACAUUCUAGACAAGGCACUCAUGAAGGAGAGAAGGUGAGUGGGUGACAGGCAGGAGGAGAAGCGAGGAGGAAGGUUUUCUAUAUGAGAAGAGAUAGAUAGAGGGAGAGAAGGAGAGGAAUACCAAGAAAACCCUGAGUUUUCACUUGAACCAUGAAAAGACACUUAUAAAUCCUUAUAACAUCAACUAGAACAGUUGAAAAUCUUGAUAACUUCCAUGGCAGAGUUAAGUAUAUGUUGGGCCCGCCUGUGUUACUGUACUGAGAUAACUAACUCCCUCUGUUCAGUUAUUCACUGCUCACAACUCAAGCAGUUCUCUUCAUACCUCAGUAAAGGACACGCAUAUAAAAGGCAUGAGUUAUGUCUUUACUACAAUAUAAGAAACACCUACACGUUGUUACAGCAAAACAGUCUGUACUACAUGUUGGGCUGGCUAUUCUGGCAACGUGUGGUCACUUUCACUUUCUGUCAGCUCAAAAUCUAGAUAUCUAUGAUACAACGGAUAUCACAACAUAACACACCAUGAAUGACACCAUUACUAUGAAGAAAGACUCGUCACUUUUCCUCCUGUCCUCAAAAUCUGUACAAAACACGAUUCCCAUCCUUCUUUCCACUUUCACUUUCUGCUUCCCGCCCCCGGUCACCAUGGCAACCGUGAAGAGCCGGGGAGGCUAGAGACAGACACACACACACACUGCUAUAUUUCCGCCACUAUGUGCAUUGUAUGGUGAGCUGGUGAGUAUGUACUGGUGGCUUGGUGAUGAGGGAAGGUGUACUUAUGACUCUCACUGUUUGCUAUGUUGCUAUUGGUGAAAUAGAAGCGAAAGAAAAGACGUCUCCUCUCCUCCCAUCUCGCGUCUCAGCCUGUCACCAUUCUCUCUCUCUCUCUCUCUCUCUUUGUGUGUGUGUGUGACCCAUAGGCGUUCAAACAAGGUCAUUUACUGAGUUGACCCAACAUGGUAGCCUAACCUUUGCCCUCCACCCAAUCCCCGCGUCAUGCAGAAGAGGUGAGGUCAUAAGGUGCCCUGAAGUGAUCCUGCUGACCUGACAUGGCCCCUGCUAUUCCUAAGGACUCCCAAGACCCUGAUCUCAGCAGGUGAGUUGUGGCAUAACCCUAGAUAAGGUCAGGUCAACAGGGGAAGGUUAAACAUUGCUGUCAGUCUGGGUAGUAAAAUGUCAGCUGUUGUGUGUGAAGGAAAAGCAAAAUGUCAGCUGUUGUGUGUGAAGGGAAGGCAAAAUGUCAGCUGUUGUUUGAAGGGACGACAGAGUGUCCGUUGUGAAUGGAAGGCAAAAUGUCAGCUGUUGUGUGUGUGUGUGUGGUACAGGAGGAGGCUGGCGGUGAUGAAGGUGGUGGACAGACUGCUGGAGGAGGGGAAGGAUCUCGCGUCCUCCCUGCAGGAUCCUCGGAGCCCCCACGCCCCUCCAGAUUACCAGGCUGUCAACAGAGUGGUGGAAGUCCUGGUGUCGCUGCGCCCAACCAUCCACCAUCGCUUGUACUUCAGUCCCACCUUGCAGUACCUCUAUGCCUCUCAACUGGCUCGGCGCUCUGGCUCGGCAGCGACAUCAGGGCAGAGUGUGGAGGAGGUUGAGAGGCAGUUGACGGAGGCACAGAGGGGGAGAGAGGCAGCACUCAGCUCACGGGAGGCAUUGACCACAUCGCUAAGUGCCAAACUGGCCUCACUUGACUCUCAAGGAUCCCAGGCUGUGCUCAAGUGUAGGCGUGAAGCGAGGAGAGAGUGUGAGGAGGUGCGAGGACAGAGUGAAGCCAGUCUGAACCAGCUGCAGGCUGGCCUGGCAGCCAGCAGGGAGGCACAACAGCAGCAGGCAGAGAGACACAGUGAGGAUGAGGCACUCAUGAGGGAGAGGAGGCAGCAGCUGGAGAGAGAGAUGCAGCAGGUGAUCCACAAGUAUGAUGCCACAAUGAGUUGCCUUCAGAUAGAUCUUGAUAACCUCAAGGACCAACACGCCUCUCUCAUGCUCAAACUGGAACACAAGACGGAAGCGCUGAACAUUGUGGAAAAGAGAUACCGCUCCAUCUUGGAGGAAAAGCAGCGAGCAGAGGAGGAAAGACUGGCGGCCAUGCAGGCUGAGUUCCGGCGGGAGCACGCGGCGCGCACCAUUCAGCGUGCCUGGCAGCACUACAAGAUGAGGAAGAUGCUGAAGAAGGCUCAGCGUAAGAGGAAGAAGAAGCCAAAGGAUCUGAAGGAGGCCAAGAAGUAGAGACAUAGAGUGAGUGAGACAAUUGAGGUGUUCACUUUGUAUUCCUGGUGUAGAUGGUGUAAUGGGGAGUAGAGGUGUUGAUAUUACUAUGUACACUCUGGGUUGGAACAUUCUACAUCUCGUGCCUUAGUCAUGUCUAACCAAAAAAAAAAAAAAAAAUUCUUUGUAGCCAUGAAGUGUGAGUGACUGACACACACACAACACA